AUGUGUAAAGCAACUCCUAGCCAUCUAUUUAAGGACCUAUUCUGUAACCUAUGUGUUCUUGCUGUUCAAGGAAAGUUUAGAGUUUCUACAUGGUAUCAAGAGUCUUCCGGUUCUCAAGACCUGGCCAUGGCUACUCAAUCCGCUGCUUCUUCGUCUUCUACAGCCGCUACCACGACCGGCGCGCUAUUAGCUCCGGCUAUUCCACCGUCGCUCAAGUUCGUCAUUUCUAACUUGAAAUUUCUUGUUCCUCAUGCGUUAAGCCCAGAAAAUUUUCCCAUCUGGAGUACGCAGAUUGCCAAGCUUUUCAAAGCGAACGGUUUCGCCGCAUUUCUUGAAUCCAAAUCUGCGCCCGAAAAUGAAGAUCCUCAAAUCUGGUCCAUUACGGACCAGAAUCUUGCAACAGCCAUGUGUUCUACAAUCGCUCCGUCGGUGCUUCCCUAUGUGAUUCAUCUUGAAUCAACGCACGACAUUUGGUCUACGCUUCAUACUCGGUUCCAAUCGUCAAAUCGAUCUAAAGUAAUCCAGCUGAAGCACGAGCUUCACAAUGUCUCGAUGCAGAAUCUCACUAUGACUCAGUACCUUACUGAGAUCAAGAAAAUUGUGGAUCAGAUUGCCUCGGCGGGUUCCUCGGUCGAUCCCGAAGAUAUCAUUAUCUACAUUCUGAACGGGUUACCGCCUGAAUAUCAGUCCUUCACUACCUCCAUCCGCACAUUACAGACUUCGCUCUCUCUCGACAGCUUUACAUCUAUUGCUUAUAGAGCUCUGUUCUCAGCUUCAGAAGUUCUUGAGGCCUUGCAUUGGAAGCUUAUAUAG